AUGAUCAGGGCGCUGUUCGAACACAUCGGACCCCUCGACAAUAUUAUCCUUAUCCCCAGUCCCCUUGGAGCAGGCUACGAGGCAAUCAUCGAGUUUCAGGAAAAGGAUGCAGCACUCACAGCAACCCAUCUCACAGGAACGAUCUUUGGUGGACGAGCCCUGGCCAUCACCCAAAUGGAUAUCACCCUGCCUGCAACCACUGCCAACGCCAACGCGCCACGCCCCUUUAACAAUAUGACUAUGCAACAGCAACAGGCACAAAAUGCCAUCAACGGAUCAUCGGGAUUGACACAACACCAACAACAACAACCAGGGAACCCCAUAAUCCGAAUGGGCGCAACUAUCCACCACCCACAGUUCGGCCACUCAAUGGGCGGUAUGGGCAGCCAGUACCCACCCAUGUAUCCCAACCCACACAUGACCCUCUAUAACCCUAACAUCAUGCCGCCACAGUACCAUCAACAACAGCAAUUGCACCAGCAACGACUCUUGGAGCAGGCCAACGACCCCUCCAAGUCGGAGUCCAAGACUGUUUAUGUCGGUAAUUUGCCCUUAACUGUGACCAAGGAGCAACUGGAAGAGGUCUUCCGCGACUGUGGUGUCGUCACUCGCGUCAACAUCACCGGCAAGGCUACCCACCCGACCCGUUUCGCAUUCAUGGACUUUGAUACCGUCGAGGCUGCCAGGAAGGCUCUUGCCAGCACCGACAAGGUUAUUGGUGACCGCACCCUCAGUGGACCACUGCCAUACAUGAUCCAGCACGCUCAGAUGAUGCAGUCUCCCAGCAUGAUGCAACCACAACCGUCUCAACCAACUGCCAUGGACGCUACCAGGACUCGCUACAAGAACAUUCUGAUUAAACUUAUCAACCGUGGGGGCGACCCUUCUCUGUUGAAGAAACUGGAAGAACUCGAAGCAGGAGGACCCCUGCCGGAUAUGAGCGGUAUUACAGGACUCUCGCCAGAUCUGGCUGCACUAAACAACGAAACUGCCUCGCCUUCCGCGGAGCAGCCAGCUGCAGCGGCUGCCGCAGGACCUCCCCAGACAGCUGCAGCGGCUGCCGCAGGACCUCCCCAGACAGCCGCCAGUCUGUUGGAGAAGCUGGUUUCCUCCUCCAGGAGACGAUCGCGAUCUCCAAGCCGGUCCAGGAGUAGUGCGCUGACGUCUUCUCGGAGAAGGAGUCGCUCGCGCUCGGCAGAGAGGGACGAUUACUAUAAGCGCAGUGGAUCGAGUUCUAGGCGGUCCAGAAGACGGUCGCAUUCGCGGUCCAGAUCCCCUUCGCGGUCAAGGUACACUUCCUCGUCGCACCGGAGCUCGCGCGCACAUGAUGUCGAUGAUCGUGAACGCGACCGUGAGCGCGAGCGCGGUGACCGUGAGCGCGAGCGCGGUGACCGUGAACGUUACGAGUCCUCGUCGUCGUCUUCGCGGAGACGGGAGAGGGAUGAGCCAAGCCGGAGCAGUCGUAGCUCACGGGGACAUGCAGAGUCGAGUCGUCCUCGAGACAGGGAUCGUGAGCGUGAGCGGGAGCGCGACCGUGAUCGGGAACGACACCGCGAAUAA